AUGAUACUUCUUUUAUAUGUCAAUGACAUUAUUCUUACUGGGAAUUCUGAUUUUCCUAUGGAUAAGCUAGUUCAAGCUUUAAGUGUUGAGUUUGCUAUGAAACAAUUAGUGGAUCUGAGUUAUUUUUUGGGUAUUGAAGCUCAUAAAAAUGAAAAUUCUUUGGUUCUUACACAAAAGAAAUAUACUUUAGAAUUACUUAAAAAGGCAAAUAUGCUUGACUGUAAACCUUGUUCUACACCUGUAGUUAAGGAAUCCAGAGCUUCUAUCCAUGAUGGUGUUUUGUUGGAAAAUGCAGCUGAAUAUAGGACAAUAGUAGGUAGUCUUCAGUAUUUAACAAAUAUUAGACCAGAUAUUUCUUUUGGAGUUAACCAUGUGUCACAAUUCAUGCAUGCACCAACUGAUGUUCAUUAUCAUUUAGUUAAAAGAAUUUUGAGAUAUUUGAAGGUACUGUUGGAGUUGGAAUUACUCUACACAAAUGUGAUAUCUCCACAGUGUUCUGCUGAAUCAGAAUAUAAAUGUUUAUCUGUUACUGCAUCUGAGUUAGAAUGGUUAUCUAAUGUGCUUAAGGAAUUGCAAUUCUCAGUUCAUCUUCCAAUGGCCAAGCAUAUAGAAGUUCAGUAUCAUGUAGUAAGGGAUUUGGUUGAUAAAGGUUUUGUGAAGAUUCAACAUGUUCCUUCUGAAAGUCAGAUUGCAGACUUAUUCACAAAAGGAUUGUGCUCACCUACUUUUACUUCUUUACUUAAACAACUGUUGCGAGAUACUUCAAGUGCUGUUGUUGAUGUAUCUGAGUGUCAGAAUUCUUCAUGUAUUGCUGAUGAAGAAGAACUCUCCUUUGACAAUGAAGCUGCUUUGUUUUCUGGACUUGCUCUUCAUUCUUCUGUUAUGUUUUAA